AUGGCAACAACGGCAGUGUUCCUUUGCGGACAUCUCGGUGCACUAUCCGUCAUUCUCAAUCUAUUCGUUAUCAUCGCUCUGUUAAGACAUCGACGACGCGUCCUCUCCAACGUUUUCUAUGUGAUUGUUUUGCAUUGUGCGGUACUCGAUGUGGCGAGAGGAGUUUGUUUGAUUCUCUACGGUCUUCCAUAUUUCGCCAACUCAUUCUACAAUAUCAACUUGGAUAUCUCCACACGGAUUAGUCUAUUCCAGGCUUCUCGUUUUGCUCUAGUCAUCCUGCGUGUCUGUAACCUUCUCACAAUAUUCAAUCUACUUGUGUUCACAACUAACGAGUACAUUGUCAUACGGUAUCCUCUACACUACCGAAGAUAUUUCCGUCGGAAGUUUGUGUUGAUCAUUCUCGCUGUCUGCUGGGCGAUGAGUAUUCUGAUGGCUAUCGGCAUACUGUACUCGUCAUCGAAGAGCCCUCAGGAUUGGUUGCCUCCUGAGGAGAGAGGAAUCGAUUUGGCGACGAUUACUAUGGUUUUGAUCUCAUCGCUGUGUUUUGUGACGUUGGGGACAGUUGUGGUCUGCUACCUCUCAAUACUCCGCACAAUUCGAAAAUUCAAAGACGAGGGAUGUCUCAACAACGAUGAAUCUCACCGGAUUCAUAACAGAUCUUUGCACAGACCAAUUAAUGGACAAGGGUCGAAUUGUUCGAAUGGUAGCAGAGGUUCGAAAUGGCGGAGUGUCCAAGCAAUGUCACGUCACAAGUACAUCUACGUGAUCGGCUCCGUCCUAAUCGUUGAUCUACUCUUCCUCUGUCCGUAUUCCGGUAUCCAGAUGGUCUCGUUCCUCCACAUCAACAAUUUCCUUCAAAUCACUCAUGGAAGUACUCUGAUUCGUUGGUGGCUUCAAGUAUUGAUUGGUGUCCAUUCCGUGUGUCAACCUCUCUGCUAUUUUCGAAUGACUGAAUUCCGUCGAUUGGCAUGUUGUAACCCACGGAGACCAUGGAAUCGGACUAAGAGUUUCUCACAAAUGAAUAAGAGUUUCGCAAAUACCCGCUCGAAUGUUAGAGAAGAUGAGAAUGGUGCAAAUACUGGAGAAUCUGAAGUCACCCCGAAUGAUCCACUUCUGAGAAAUGGGGAUGGAACACCGUCCCGUCGCUCCCCAACAAUCGCCUGGACACGUGGAGAAUCAGUGCGCUUCAGAACCUACGGAAACGAGUUUGCUCACCACAUUCCAAUGAAAGUGAUCGAGAAAAAAGAGACGACAUGUGACAUCGAGCUCCUUCCGAUUUCCACGGGCUCCGCGAGCCCAUCCGAUGAUUCUGGACCGCCCGCUUUGAUGAUUGACGACUCGCCGCUUGUAUAA